AUGAAACAGUUCAAACUUACAGCUGUUGUUAUUUUCUUGUUCUUUUGGACUGAAUCCCUAACACUGCCCACAAAGUCUCAGGAUGUAGACAAUUUCCAAGUCACUCAGAAAUUUAUAGAGGAUAACGUUGGAUAUCUCACCAUCAUUGCAUUUGCUCAAUAUGUUCAGGAAGCAACCUUAGAAGAAGUGGAAGUGCUUGUAAAAAAGAUGAUAGAAUUCAGAGAUAAAUGUGUGGCUGACAGGACACUUGCAGAAUGUGCAAAAUUAGCUAAUGACAUUUUACAGAAAAGUAUAUGUGCUAUGGAGGGGUUACCACAAAAAUAUAAUUUUUCACACUGCUGCAAUAAGAGUGACUUUGAAAGAAGACUCUGUUUCCUCUAUAACAAGAAAGCUGAUGUAGGAUUUUUACCUCCUCUUCCUACUGUGGAUUUUGAAACAAAAUGCCACGCUUAUCAACAGAAUAGAGAAUUUUUUCUAAACAACUAUAUCUAUGAGUUUGCCAGAAGGAACCCCUUUGUCUUCUCUUCUACACUUCUAACUGUUGCUGCUCAUUUUGAGGAAGUGGCUAAGACAUGUUGUGGAGAAGAAGACAAAGCCAGCUGCUUUGGAACAAGGGCAGCACCUGUCAUACAAAAUUUAAAAGCAUUGUCUUCUUAUCAAAAAAAUGUUUGUGGUGCAUUUAUGAGAUUUGGACCCAAAAUCUUAAACUCUAUAUAUACUGCUGUACUCAGCCAAAAGUUCCCACAGAUUGAGUUUAAAGAAGUUGUUUCUCUCCUAGAAGACAUUUCUUCCCAAUACAAUGGAUGCUGUGAAGGGGAUACUGUUCACUGCAUCCAAGGAAUGAGUAAUGUUAUGAGCCAUAUUUGUACAAAACAAAAUUCCAUCUCCAGCAAAGUCAAAGAGUGCUGUAAAAAGACAAUACCAGAUCGUGGAGAGUGUAUAAUUUACUUAGAUAAAGAUGAGAAGCCAAAGGACUUACCUGUAAGAGAAGCAAAAUUUACUGACAGCAAAGAUGUGUGCCAACACCGAGAUGCUGACCAAGAGAACUUCAUGGCUGAAUUUCUUUAUGAAUACUCAAGGAGACAUCAAGAUCUUUCUAUACCAGAGCUUUUACGGAUUGGUGAAGAGUAUGAAAAUCUCCUGGCAGAUUGCUGCAAAACAGAAAAUCCUCCAGAUUGUUAUGGACAUGCGGAAGAAAAAUUCAAUGAGACAACUGAGAAAAGCCUCAAGAUGGUAAAGCAAGAGUGUGAACGUUUUCAGAAUUUGGGGAAGGAUGACUUGAAAUACCACUACCUUGUUAAAAUCACAAAGAUGGUUCCGCAGCUCUCCACUGAAGAACUGACCUCUCUCAGCAAGGAAAUUGUGGCAGCUUUGGACAUGUGCUGUGUACAGAGUGAACAGUUUGCCUGUGUUGACAAUUUGGUGGAUUUAGUUCUUGGAGAAUUAUGUGGAGUAAACAAAAAUCAGACCAUCAACCCUGCUGUGGACCAGUGUUGCAAAUCAAGCUUUGCCUUCAGAAGGCACUGCUUUGAAGGUUUGAAAGCUGACAAAACAUAUGUGCCUCCGUCAACCUCUCAAGAUUUAUUUACCUUUCAUGAAGACUUGUGUCAGGCUCAAAAUGGAGCACUCCAGAGAAAGAAAGAAAGGUUUCUUGUCGACUUAGUGAAGCUGAAGCUUCAAAGUAAAGAUGAGGAACUACAUUCAUUGCUUACAGAUUUCACCAAUGUGAUGGAACAGUGUUGCAAAACAGACGGGCCUGAAUCCUGCUUCAGUGAAGAGGGUCCAAAAUUGGAAGCCAAAAGCCAGGCUGCUUCAGAAACAAAUUAA